ACGCCCCUUUCCAGUCAGCUCCCAGCUGCUCACGUGACUCGGCGACUCCAUGGUUACUUGCGGCUUCGAAAAUGAAAGUAAAGUUUCCAGGAAGUGCUCUCUACACCCGCACUCCUAAAUCCGGACCGUGGUCGCUAUGAGGUUCUGCCUCCUGUCAGUUUUCUUGGCCUCAUGGAUGCCAUCCGUCUCAGGAAUCUCCAUUGAAAUUAACCCGCCUAAUCCACUGAUAAAUGACACUGUUCUUCUCAACGUCGUGGGUAUAACGGGAACAUUCAGAUAUUCAGACUGGUACAGAGGACAGGGCACAAAUGCUACCAAUCAGAUCAUAAGGAUCAACGACCGUGGGAAUGUCAUCGCUGGACCCAAGAAUUUUCCGGAAGCCAGUCUGGUCUCUAACGGAUCAUUACAGAUAACCAAGGCCCAGAAAUCCCAUGAAGGAUAUUACACUGUGAGCGUACAAGCGAAUCAGCUAUUACAGGCCGAAGUGAAUUUGAGGAUACUUGAUCCCAGUGAACCGACCAGGCCCCCUUACACGCCCAGACUAUUAAGUGGUGGUGCAAUAGCAGGAAUAGUCAUAGGUGUGCUAGUGUUUGUUGCCCUUAUUGUAGCAGCACCAUAUUUAUAUAAGAAAUACGGCUCACCUGAAAAACCUCAAGAUGAAGUUCUAUGAAGCUGUGAACAAAAAACAAACAAACCUGAACCAGGAAGAACACUGCAGGAUGCCUGGAUGUACCUUUACCUGUGCUGUAACAUUUUUUGGACUUGUGUUCGUCUGUGUAUCUCCCAAAGUACUUUGCAUAUAUGUCAUAUAUUACAAAUGAGAGAAAUUCCUCCCCGGCAUCAUUACCAUGUGCCUUUUUAUCUUUGUGUAUUCUUUUAAACUUUAUUUUGCUAUUAAAUUAAAAAUGUUUCUAU